AAUUCGUACAGAAAACCAAGAUAUUUCGAAAUAUAAAGCCACCUGCACAGCAAACCAAUUACCCACCCACACAAGUUGUGUGUUGCAGGCAGCAAAUCGGAGCAGAAACAAUGUCUACCGUUGAAGACGACAAGAAGCCCACUGAUUCUACCAUUCACAUCAAUCUCAAAGUUAAAGGCCAGGACGGAAAUGAGGUGUUUUUUAGGAUCAAGAGAAGCACGCAGCUGAAGAAGCUGAUGAAUGCUUACUGCGACCGACAAUCGGUUGAAUUUAGCUCUAUUGCAUUCCUCUUUGAUGGUCGUCGUCUCCGACCCGAGCAGACACCGGAUGAGCUUGAAAUGGAGGAUGGUGAUGAGGUGGAUGCAAUGUUGCACCAGACUGGUGGCGCCUGAAAUGGAUCUAUAAUUACAUUACAUAUUAGUUUGCAGACCUGGGUUGGAUGCUGUCCAGGACCAUCUCCGGCAUUGAUAACUGGGAUAUUGGCUGUCGCCGCAGCUCUUCUUGCAGCACCACUUUCAAAAUGCCUCAUUACUAUGAUAUCAGUGUAGCCUUCAACAGUUCUUAUGGUAUCUGGGGAUAAUAUGGAUCAGUAUAAGCAUGUAAUCGUAAAGGCUCAAAGAAAUAUAAGUAUUGUCUAACUA